UGCUUAGAACUAUUCUUCUGUUUUGUUGCAGAUGAUGCGAUUCAACUUUGUUCUGUUUUUGGUCUGUGCUAUUGUGGCUCUCUGUCACGCAGGCGGUUAUGGAAAACGCCCCAUGCAUUACCGAGGAUACGGAAAGAAAGCUAUGAUGGGCGGUAGUUAUGGAAUGUGGAACACGCCAUCCUACUAUGAUCAAGGAUACAAUUACGGAGGAAUGUCCUCAGGAUAUCCAUAUGGAUAUAACCAGGGAGUGUCCAGUCUCGGAUAUGCCAGUUCUGGAUACGCUCCUUCUGUUGGAUCCAGCUGGUCCAGUGUAGGAUAUGCCCCCUCUGUCGGACUGAAUGACGCUAUUUCCAGCAUCGGCUACCAGUCCGGAUCCAGUGGAUACUACCAAGGCGGAUCCGGUGGAUACUACCAAGGGAUAUAUUGAUCCAUAUAUCCAGGGAUCUAAUCAGAGGAUAUAUGAUGUAGGGUUAAUCCAGUAACCUUGCUGAUUAAACAAUCUAGACAUUUUGACAAUGUGUUGUGUUCUCGUAAGGAAUAUACUUGAUAUGGUUCUAAGGUUCUAACAAUUAAAACAAAUAAAACAUAGUUCAUAUUACAA